AUGGACCAAAAUUCCUUUUAAAUUAGAUGUUAACGUAAGCAUUUCCUAAAAGAUAAACAAUAUUAUCUUUUAAUUGAUGAUGAUCGCAUAUAAAUAUCAGAAGUAAGAAAACAUUCACACUAAAAGAGUCAGUAAACUUUCAAUAAUCUAAGUACAUCCUUGAUUUGACAUUCCAAAAUUUAGUUUUUUGGAAAACUGAAUAAAAUUAGUUGAUUGCAUUUGGAAUCAAAUAUAAUAAAGAACUCAAAUGGUUUCAUGCUCAAAAGCCUGACCUAUAAGCUUUGUAUAGAGAAUUACAUACUCGCAUUUUUUUUGGAAAUAUAUCAGCAAUUUAUGAGAGUAAAGAAUUACUUGGCUCUGGAGCAUCAUGUAAAGUAUAUAAGGUUGUUAAUAAAAUUACACAUUACGAGUUUGCCUCAAAAUGCAUUAGAAAAGAUUAUGUAUUUAAAAGACAGGAUAAAGAAAGAUAUGUAUGAGAUUUAAAUAAAAAAAAAGAAUCGUCUGCUCCAAGAAAUUGAAUUAAUGAGAUUAAUCGAGCAUGAUUCAAUUGUUAAAAUGGUUGAUCUAUAUGAAGGAGAUAAGUCUUAUUAUAUCUUAAUGGAAUUGCUAAAAGGUGAAACAUUGCAUUCAUUCACAAAAAAGUCAUAAUUAAACAUUUUUUAAAUAAAGGCUGUUAUGAGUGUAUUAAAAUUAUAAAUCAUUAGAGAUGCCUCAAAGCAUUAUGUUAUUUAAAUCUACUUAAUAUUAUUCAUAGAGAUUUGAAAUUAGAAAAUUUAGUGCUCCUAGAAUCUAACAAAGUAGAAACAGUUAAAAUUAUAGAUUUUGGAUUGGCUAUACCUUUAUCAACACCUCAACGUUAAUUAUGUGGAACUCNUUUAGAAAAUACUGGCUUUGAUUAAGUUGUUGGAGAUAAAUUAGUAGAUAUUGAAGAAUAUCAUAAAAACAAUAAAACUGUUGUUGAUCAAUCGUUGAAAGCUGACUAUGAAUUAAGCUAUUUAAUUGGCUGA